CUGAACCAGGGGGACACUAAGAGACAUUUGGAGCAGCUGAGAGAGGAGAACACUAAGGUGGUGUCACGGCUCAAGGAGGAGAGGGAGAAGCUGCAGGCACAGUUUGAGGACCUCAAGUACUCGGGAGAGGCAAAGAUGUUUACUGGUCAGUGUAUGCUGGAGGAGUUCCAAGGUCACCUUGACGAUGCCAAGAGGAAGUGUGCUGAGAGUGAGAGUAAAACCAAGAGUGCCAAUAAACUGUUGGGACAGGUCAACAACGGAGUGGAGCAUCUCACAGAGAAGAUGCAGCACAUCAAAGCAUGAGGAGUAUGUGAUCGAACAGCUGAGCAGUGUGGAGGGCAAGUUAGUGAGUCUAGCGGAGGAGCUCUCUAGUAGGGACCUGGACACUGUCCACAAGGAGAUGGAGGACGAGGAGUUCCGCCAUGUUGUCGAGGGCGGUAUGGCUGGCAAUGUGAAGGUGGACCUACCAAAGAUGGGCUCACGACAAAUGUUCUAUGACGAGGACAGUGGUAGUGAUGAGGAGUUUGUGAGCAGAGAUCUCAUGAAGAAGACAACCACUGCUCUAGUGGAGUCCAAGACAAAGGCCAAACCCCAGGACGAUGACGAUGAGGCUGAUGCUAAGAAGAAAAAAAGAGAUGAACUUACUAACUCAACAUGGGACACUCAGACUGUUUAAUUAUUGAUUAUGUAAUGUAUACGUACAGUUUAUAAAUUCCUUUGUUAACGUAACUCUCUUAUCUGUAUACAUGACUGUGGUUCUAACCAAGAAUGCUAUUAUAUUAUAAUUA